AUGUUUUCACGCACAUUUCCACGAAGAAUUGGGAGCGAGACGUAUGGCGGGUGGCCUUGGCCAGUCAAGCUUCCAUUCAAGGCGGAUUGGUACCAUAAGCUUAGUUCUCGGCAGAGUAUAGCCGACGAAAAUCGCGAGUACACUGUCAUUGGCGAUAUUUUGAUCCUCAGCAUCGUGGCCUUUGCCACAUACCGCGUAAAUGAGCUUUACUUCCGCAGCAAUGCCUACCAGACACAUCUGUGUCAUCUUACCCAAGCCCCGCCGGCUAUAAUAGCCAACGAGUUUGACUUCAAAAAAGCAGAGAAUAACCGCAAAGUUUCGCGAGCCGUCUUGGAUGAAUACCGGGAAGCCGUUGUGGCCUGCAAGGCGCAGCGCCAACCCAUUGAAUCCGUCAUAUUUAAUUUUUAG